AUGCCUGUCAUACCACCGUCGCUCCGCGUCCACAUCUCAUCGCUCGCCGCGCUGCCGCGCAAAUCAUUGCACCGGCCGCUCAAGCCGCUCCUGACGCCGUCUGUCGCCAGGCUGUUCGCGGCGCCACCCUCAGCCUCAUCGCGCCCUGCCGUAGUCGCCAUGACGGCCGAGCCGCGAGGGGCACAUUCAUCCGCGAAUCUAGAACCCCCGUUAGAUGACGAAACCCUAAUUGAGCUCCUGCCAUCGUGGGCGCAGCGAACGCUCUGUCUGGCCGGCAGUGGUUGCGGCGACGGCGAGUGCGAGCUGCUCCACGUGGACCCCACGUGGCGAGAUGUGCUGGCGAGCCGCCACGUGGCGCACGGAGAGCAGAGCAGGGACGGUAGUGGCGCGUGGGGCGCCAGGCCGCGGCUGAUCGUGUGCGCGGGACCUGAGAGGUCGGGUGCGCCUGCCACCACCACUCAUCGCGCGCUCAUAGCGUUCCUCCCACGCACUGUGCUUGAGUCGUAUCAAUACGCCGCACUGCUCCUUCCGGGCUUUAAUCCCUAA